GUGUGUGUGACUGCUUCAGGGUGAAGUGAAUAACACGAGUGUGUGUGUGUGUGUGUGUGUGUGUGAGAGAGAGAGAGAGAGAGAUGGGAGACACGGCGCGAGACCCGCACAUCUCUCCGGUAAAGAACUUCGUGGCCGGUGGAGUCGGGGGCGCGUGCCUGCUGUUCGCCGGACAUCCGCUCGAUACCAUCAAGGUUCGCCUUCAGACGCAGCACAAAGCCUCGUGCAGUCAGAAAGUGCUGUACACAGGAACGCUCGACUGCUUCCGGAAGACUCUGUCCAGAGAGGGAGUGUUGGGUCUGUAUAAAGGAAUGGGAGCGCCGCUGGCCGGAGUGGCUCCAAUGAUGGCCGUCAGCUUCUUCGGAUUUGGACUCGGGAAGCAGCUGCUCCAGAGCGACCCGUCAGUCCCGAUCACCUCCGCACAGACGUUCCUGGCCGGAACGUUAGCCGGAGUUUUCACUACAGUGAUUGUGGCUCCAGGAGAGAGGAUCAAGUGUCUGCUUCAGGUGCAGUCCAUCAGCGGGCAGCUGAAAUACGCCGGGCCGGUGGACUGUGCAGUGAAACUGUAUAAACAGCACGGUAUGCGCAGUGUGUAUAAGGGAACUGUCCUCACUCUUAUUAGAGAUGUUCCUUCUACUGGUCUCUACUUUUUAACGUACGAAUACCUCAAAAAUGUCCUCACACCUGAGGGCGAGAGUGUGGACCGACUCAGCACUCCGAGGAUUCUUUUGGCCGGAGGAACUGCUGGAAUCGUGAACUGGGCCGUCGCUCUUCCACCUGAUGUCCUGAAAUCCAAUUUCCAGACAGCUGCUGACGGACGCUACUCGGGUUUAGCGGAUGUUUUGCAAACGCUGCUGAGAGAAGAAGGAGCCCGAGGGCUGUAUAAAGGCCUGAGUGCGGUCAUGCUGCGAGCGUUUCCUGCUAACGCGGCUUGUUUUUUGGGAUUUGAAGUGGCUCUGAAGUGUUUAAACCGGCUCGCUCCAAACUGGUGACCUCUACACGACCUCUAUAUGACCUCUACACAACCGCACACUAACCGAUUCUGCUAAAAAACAAACUCAUAAAGCUGGAAAUGAUGACCUCAGAUUUGACAUCUUAAAGGAAGAUUGCGUGAGGAAGGACAUCCAGUGUAAAACCUGUACCAUAUCUAUAUGUGUGCAGUGGAAGGUGCUCUGCUGUGGCGAGCCCUAACACAAGCAGCUGAAAGAACAUCAGCAACAUUUAUUAUUAUUUUAUUUUUUAUUAUUAUUAAUCUUCAGUUUAUUUAAAGUUAGCAGUUUUGGA